GUGGUGCCUUUCGAAACUGUGCUAAAAAUAGACAGGACUCAGAGGGUAUUUGUGUGGGAAUAUACAUUUUCAGGCUGAAAACUUUGUUAUGUCAAGGAGAAACAUAUCAAAAUAGACCCCCUGGUUGAUGUUGUGGGCGAAGAGCAAGAGAAUUUGUCAGUCUGGAGUUCCCCAGUGAGUCAGCUCCGUUGGUAUGCUUCUUUAAAGGAAAGGCAGACUGCUUCUGAGAUUGCUUUCGCUUUUGUUGUUCUUGUGUCCAGGAAGUCUGCACAGCUAUGGCGGGUGAGUGAGGCCUUUCUUUGCUUAUUGGUUGUGUUGAAGGAGUUAUGGCCAAGAGAACACAUGAAAGAGAUCCGAUCUACAAGAUCAAGGGUUUGGCCAAGAACAUGCUGGAUGGGGUUUGUGAUGACUUGGUGGAGAAGAAUAUUUUAAAUGGCAGUGAACUACUCAGAAUAGGGGAAGGUGCAAGCUUCAUCCUGAACAACGCUGAGAACCUGGUUGAGAGCAUCUUUGAGAAAACAGAAAUGGCAGGCAAAAUAUUUGCAGGCCACAUUGUCAAUUCCAAGAAACAGCUGAGCAUACAAUUUCCUUCUGAUAAUGAGGAUGAAGAAUCUCAGGAGAUUUCUACACCAUCUUCUCCAUCAGAAUCCAGAGGGGGAAAUGAAGAUGAAUUAAUGGAGGUUACUUCUGGAGUGGCUCAUGCAUCACAUCUAACAGUGACAGAUCCUCAGGGAACCCAGAGCACAGAAGUCCAUUACAUGCUGAAGCUUUGUCCUCCUGAUCAGUUUUACAAGACGAAGACAGAAAGGGCAAAAGAGAUAUAUCCAGUAAUGGAGAAGGAAGGCCGAACGCGCCUGGCCCUCAUCAUCUGCAACAAAAAGUUUGACUACCUUUUUGAUCGAGAUGAUGCUGAAGCAGACAUUUUGAAUAUGCAAGAAUUACUUCAACACCUUGGAUACUCAGUGGUGCUAAAGGAAAACCUUACAGCUCAGGAAAUGGAGGCAGAACUAAUCGAGUUUGCUGGCCGUCCAGAGCACCAGUCGUCCGACAGCACAUUUCUUGUGUUUAUGUCUCAUGGCAUCCUGGAAGGAAUCUGUGGAGUGAAACACAGAAAGAAAAAUCCAGAUGUUCUUCAUGAUGACACCAUCUUCACAAUCUUCAAUAACUCUAACUGUAGGAGUCUGAGAAACAAACCCAAGGUCCUCAUCAUGCAGGCCUGCAGGGGCAAACAAGAUGGAAUUAUUUGGGUAUCCACAAGCAAGGGGAUAGCCACCGCUGAUACAGAUGAGGAACAGGUGCUGAGCUAUAAAUGGAAUAAUAGUAUAACAAAGGCCCAUGUGGAGAAGGAUUUCAUUGCUUUUAAAUCUUCUACCCCACAUAACAUUUCUUGGAAGGUAGGCAAGAAUGGGUCUCUCUUCAUUUCCAAACUCAUCGACUGCUUCAAAAACUAUUGUUGGUGUUAUCAUUUGGAGGAAAUUUUUCGAAAGGUUCAACACUCAUUUGAGAUCCCCGGAGAACUGACCCAGAUGCCCACCAUUGAGAGAGUAUCCAUGACACGGUAUUUCUACCUUUUCCCUGGGAAUUGACACUGGCAACACAUGUGCAGGGCUAUUUUAGAGAAGGCCUUCUCUCUCUGAACAUUCACCGCUGGAUCCUUGGACAUGCCCACCUGGUGGCCUUGCUGGAGGGACCAAAGCUCCUGGUAUCUCCUGGUCCAGCCUGCUGCUGCCUUACCACAUUGGUCACCUGACUGU